CAUUCGCUGCGCUGUCCCUGGAACUUGGGAAGUCAGGCAACUAGCGUCCACUGUUUGGAUCCUGAAGGAAGUGACGGGACUAAAUGAGUAAAUCCGCGGGGGUAAAGAAAACGCUAAAGAGAAAAACAGAAACUAACAUUAAAGGCAACGUGUGCUAGAAGAUCUUGCAGGGGAGAGAAAGAAAUUCACAAGCCAUGAUGAGAUUUCGUCCUCGCUAGCUAAGAGAACUUGUCCCUGCAUACAAGGGGCGACAGAGAGAAAAACUGAGGUUGCAGUCCUACAACAAACAAUACUUUACUUCAGACGAGGAGUUUUUUUCGGAGAAUCGAAUCGUUACUGUUAACAGCAUGAUACCUUUUACGCAUUGCCUUAAAAUAAUGGGAGACGUGCAAUCACUUGGACUCUACUUUCGCAUGGAUUUAUAGACGCAAUUCUUAAACUUUACCAAGCGAAACAACCUCAUGUAAAUUAGCUAUCAGUGUCCUGUAGAGUAGUGUUGGAACCGUUGGCUCUUUCAUACACGAGUUUUCUUCUUAUGAAUUCGGGUACAUUAAGUUUUUGUGUUUUUUCUGGAAUGUUUGCGAGGUGGAUUUUACCGGUUUCAGUUCGGAAUAUUGGAGUUCUUGUGGCACUCACACUUCUGAUAUCGUUCAGCGUUUGUUCAGAACUGAAGGUGCGAGUUCGUUUAGCCGAUGGACAGAUAACCGAGGAGACCCUGGAAGCAGACAGCGAGAGAGAUUCCAUCACAGUGGAGUUCAAACAAGGGGAUGGCACGCUCAUCACUUUCGUAGCUGAUUUUAAACAGAAUGUGAAGAUUUUCCGCGCCCUGGUCCUGGGGGAGUUGGAGAGGGGGCAGAGCCAGUAUCAGUCGCUGUGCUUCGUCACGCGCCUCAAUCACAAUGAGAUCAUCCCCAGCGAAUCGAUGGCUCGCCUGCGACAGAAAAAUCCGCGUGCCGUCCGCUCGGCGGAGGAGAGGCGGGGCGCGGAGCAGCUGACCCUGAACAUGGCGGUCAACCUGAGCCGGGCGUGGCAGCUCAGCGCCCACAUUCACAACGUGUGUGGAGAGGCCCGGGAGUCCAUCUACGCCCACGAGGCCGACGUCAAGCACUGGCUGGAACAAGGUGUGGAGGGCUCGGUGUUCGAGAUCCUGCCCCCCACGGCGGAGGCCUCGGGCCUGGCGGCCUGCCAGGCGGUGCGGGACCUGUGGCAGCCCUGCGUCUGCAGCUACAGCCUGCGCCUGGAGUGGUACCCCUGCCUGCUGAAGUACUGCCGCAGCCGGGAGCCCGCCGGCAAGAGCAGCCCCUACAAGUGCGGCAUCAAGAGCUGCAGCAAGGGCUACCACUUCCAGUACUACGUCCCCCACCGUCAGCUGUGCCUGUGGGACGAGGAGACCUAACGGCACCUCCUCUCCCUCCCCCCCUGCUCCCACCCACCCCCACCGGCCUGUUCGUAUUCCUGUCCUCGUCUCCACGUUCCCCCGCGCGCCUUCCCAGACCGCGCGGUGCGGGGCGAGGGCAGCCCUCUGUAGCCACGUCCGGGGGGAGGGGAGGGGGGCGUCUCAGGGGGAGUGCUGACUCCAGUCAGAUCGACAGAGAUUCUCACUCGCCUUCAGUGACGGUCGGUACAGAACGAGAGGCCAACCCCCCCACCCCUGUUACAGCCACUCGCCCCUCACUGGGGCUGGACGCCUCCCCCCUAGUGUUGGGAUUGCUGGGGAGCUGCUUCACCAUUGGCUGAUGUUGACUUUGCAUUCCAACAGAGAAACUGUCCCUAUUGGCUGCGUUUGGCCAUCAGUUCCAUUGGAGCCACUGUGCCAUUUUCUUUUAGCCUACAGUACCUCCUGAAGUUCCAGUAGAGCAAAGUUCCUAUUGGCUGCAUUUUACCUCCUCGAGUUCCAUCAGAGAAGCUUUCCCAUUGGCUAUUUCUUAACCGCUGUGUUUGGAUGUUACUGAAAUGUCACUUCUCAAUUAUUUUUUUUAACCACCCUGUGUUUUGUAUGUGAAACUGCUUAACAUGAAUGGACUUGGUUCUGUUCUUGUAGGACAUUCCCAUAGGGCAGGUGCAAAGGGCAGAGCCUUUGGUCUGUACCCCACACACACUCGCCCAGAGCCACAAAAGAGAGGAAGGUUCCGUGUGUUCUGAGAGAGGGGGGAGAAUAACAGGUGAGGGGUACCAGGUGGUCAGUCCAGCAGGAACGGAAGCUGAACUUACCAAGCUAAAUCCUGCUCUUAUUUGUCUCUCUCUCUCAGUGUAAUUUGCCUUAAAGCUUCUCUAAUUCAGGUCUUAUUUAUUUUUUUAACACCGAAUACAAUGAUAGUAUCAUCUAUAAAGAAAUGUUUGUUUUUUUUUGUUUUUUUUUUUGCUAAUUGAAAUUGUUCUGUUGUUUUUGUUGUCAUUAAUGUGAUUGAGAUGUUUGUUUUACGGUAUGUGUGUGUAAUAAGCCCAGCUUUGUGUUAAGACUGUACCUUCUAUAGCCAGGUUGGAGGGUCCGUCCACGCUGAUUCCUGAAAAAGUCAAACGUUUUCACUUUGCUUGGCUAUUUCAGCUGCAUAUCAUAGUAGGUGUCGGUCACAUGAUCAUACAUUUCAUGCUGAUUGGUUUAACCAUGUCUUCCGCUUGUUGCAUUCCAGUCUUGGGCGCUGUCCAGUCACCUGUCUUGUGUUGGACCAAAUGCUUUCAAGGAAUUAAUCAAGCAGGUCUGCCCAGUGGUCUGACUGUCAUGUUUAUACAUCUAGGGAGUGUGUGUGUGUGUGUGUGUGUGUGUGUGUGUGUGUGUGUGUGUGUGUGUGCGUGUGCGUGUGCGUGUGCGUG